AUGAGUGUCGGGAGUAGCGGCGACGAGCUCGAGACGCCUGGAGUUCCGCCUCUUUAUCCCGGCAACAACUCACCGCUCGAUGAGACGCUUACUCUGAGCAUCGGUCUCGUUGCCAAGUCCACCGUUGACGCCGUCGUUCAGGAAGCAGUGGAAGCUUUGGCUCAGGCUGUUGCAGGCGCGACGCAGUGGUUCGUUGACGCCGCGCGUGGAGAGUUCAUUUCCCAGGCGGUGAUCACUGCUGACCCUCCUGACCCUGACCCAGUCGAGGAGGAUGGCAAACAUGCCACCGCUUCUCCACCUGACCUCGUUAAGCCGUUGCCGCUGUUGACCCGACCUCCGAGCGCUGUUAUCCACGCGGUCGCGAAAGCGACAGUCGAUGCGGCGACACAAGAAGCGGUCAACGAGGUCGUACGAGCCGUUGAGAAGGCCACCGAGUGGAUCACCCAAGCCGUGGAGAAUGAACUGGUGUCCGAAACCAUGGACCCUGACGAGGGCAUCGCCAUCCACAAUGCCACCGAGUGGAUCGCCCAAGCUGUGCGCAGUGAGCUGGUUGCUCACGCUGUGGCUGACGCCUCUCCGUCCAUCGACGCCGCUAUCGAGGAAGAUGAAGAGCCUCCGGAUACUCCAGAAGUUGUGCGUGCUCAUAGCAUUCCUCGGCUUUCGUUCCAAGACGAUGUUCCCGUCGCUGCCAUUCGAGAGCUUGCUAAAGCCACAGCUGAAGAGGCUGUCGGUAUUGCAUGUGAAAACGUGGCUCAAGCAAUUGGCCUUGCCAGUACAUGGCUCGCCCAGGCCGUCCGUGGUGAGCUGGUCGCACAAACUGUAGCAGACGCUUCACCCCCUGAUCCUGAUAGCACUCUUCCAGUCGUUGAGGCAGAUAAUAUUUCGGCGGACUCCACGGACUUGCAAGAGCGACCACAGCAGCAACCCUCUCCAUCAACAGAAGAGGUUGAAGAAUCGGUCAAUUUGCCGGCGCUCCAACUACCCAGUGCAGCACCUGUGUCCUCAGAGGUUGUGGCCGAGCUCGCGAUUCCGUUUGUAAACGAAGUUGUAGCGUCGGCUCUCCACCAAGCGGUUCCUGUCAGCCCACCUGAGCCUCAAGACGAGGAGGUAUAUGACGACGACUACACUCCCAUCAACACUCCAACCGCUGAAGAUGCGCCGACACGAUCGCCAUUGCCGUCGACGCGGUCACCAGAACCAGAAACUCCGUUUGUGCCGCCUGUAAUCCUCUCAGUAAGAGCAACCCCACCUGACAAAGCUACUCCAAGACGGAAGAGCCCGAUUACGAGCAAGCGUGGACUGGGAACGGCACCAUCCACGGACAACUCGCCGUCUUCAGCACCUCCAGCUGUGACUUUAGGCGACGAGCGAUCACUUUGUUCGGAGCCAGAGCCCCCGCAAACAACAUUGCCACCGUUGGUUCUACCUGGAAUUCCAGGAGCACCGCUAUCCGGAAGAACAAAGCUUCACCAUCACAAGACGCCUCGUAAAACACCGCGGUUCGAUGAGGCCAUAUUCGUGAGUGACAGCUCGCGUACUCCCUCCAAGACAAGCUCAAGGCUGGAAAAGCACACCUCACAAUCCUCCAUUGCAGCUGAGCUCGAGUUAACACCGCUAUCCUCGGCACGUGCUGCAGCACUGAUCUAUGCCCAGCCGCCUCCAUCUUCACGUCACCACCACCAUCACCACAAGCCCAAAAAGCUGCGCGACGCAGCGUCACAGACGUCGCCACCGCCAUCUCCACCGCUUCCAACUCUUCCCCCACAACCUUUAGUCGCAGUUCACAAUGACAGUCACACCACUGAAUUGACCAAGACACACACACACCGCUUAAAGCACUCACCUCGUGAUGGAUCGUCACCAGAAAAUGGAGCUGACAAGAAGGCGGAUGGGGGCAGCAACAACUCCCUGCUUGCUCCACUUACGAAGACGCCAGCCGCACCUCCCUCAGCCGACGCCAGCCCACCAAAAUCGUCGAGUCCUUCCCGAACGCACAGGAAUCACGCGCAUGGACACCAUAAAGCAGGCGGCGGUGGAGCCGGUGGCGGCAGCACGUCACCGAACAAACGAUCGGGAUACUGCCAGAGGUGUGUCUUCGAAGGCCGGUCCUGCAAGAUCAACGACUGCCUCAAGCACCAGGUUCUCAAAUGA